AUGGCAGAGCUGGUCGACGUACGAGACGACGAGGGAAAUUUCGCGAAAUAUAAAAAGUAUGAUGGCAGAUACUAUGUCAAACAUUUCGUUGGCAAUGUCAAAGAUCAUCUGGCUGCAAUAGACUCAAUGGACGUCAGAGAUGAUGACACAUUCAUUCUCACGUAUCCAAAAUCAGGAACUCAUUGGGGAUUUACUCUUGCCAGCAUGCUUCGUACUGGAGAAACUGUCUACAGAGGAUCACCGACAUUCUUAGACUACACCGAUAAGGAAACGCUUGAUAAUCUUCCGUCCCCUAGAGUAUUUGCGAGUCACAUGACCUUUGACUUCAUGCCUAAACAAGUUAAGGAAGGGAAGGGCAAGGUCAUUGCAAUAUUUCGGAACCCAAAAGAUGUUCUCACAUCAAUCCACACGUUCGCGAAAAAAUUAGAUGGAUUAAAAGAAGAUUACAAAAUGACAUGGAAAGGCCUUCUCAAUUUUCACAUGGAAGGAACAAUUUUCUACGGUUCCUGGUUUGAUUAUAUACACUCUUGGGAUAAAGUGAAGAUAGAGCACACGGAAAAUAAUAUCAUGUAUCUCAUGUAUGAAGACAUGAUACAGGACCUGAGCUCGCACGUACAUGAGUUGGCGUUGUUUCUUGGAGACACUUACGGAUCAGACUUCGUGGACAAGGUUACUGCAAGAUGUACAUUUAGCAACAUGGCCGAAGAGGCCACGAGGACAUUCACACCAUCCGAACAGUGGAAGACCGUUACCACCACAAAAACACUCCCGAUCUACAGGAAAGACCAUAAAACACUGGAAUAUAUCUUUUCCUCAACGUUCGCUGGUUAUUCGAAUGCCAUGAUAAAUAGAUGGAUACUCAUGCUUCAACGCUGUCGAUUUACUGAAAAGUACACACCUGAGAGUCAGAACAACGCUGAUAGCUUGUCCAGGCUGAUCAAUGACCAAGGCAAGGGAGACAACUCGUUUUGUCUAACAGACAACUUCAAAUCAGAAGACGAUGAGUUUGUGAAAUUCGUGCCUCGCAACUUCACCCCCAGGCCAAUGACUCCUAUUAAAAUUGAGGAGGCUUCAGCAUUGGAAGAGUAA